GUGUUCGCCGAUACAGCAAGCAUCACAGUUGUAUUUGCUUUCAAAACAGUCUUCGCGAGAAAGUAGAAAGGAAAACGAUUUCCAACCGUACUAGCACAUAACAGUUUACAGGUAAACAUUCUCUCUGAGGACUUUUCAAGCGAGUGAAAACCGUAGAGGCUAAAUCUUGCGCUAUAACAUUGAAACUACAAGAUGAAGUUACAGACGAUGAAGAUUAAAGACAUGAAAAAACUGUGCUUUACUGCAGUGAUCGGCGUUAUCGUGAUCAUCGUGGUUAUUAUAGCAGCGAUUCUAUUAGCCCAUGGCUCACAUCCUAACUGUGAUAAAGAAAGUGACGAACCAUAUGAUUUAGUAUAUUACAACUGCAACCAAAAGUCUUCCAUUUGCCACAAGAACGCCAAAUGCAACAACACCAUUGGCUCGUACUAUUGCACAUGCAAUUCAGGGUUUAGCGGAAAUGGGAGAGAAUGUACCGACAUUGAUGAAUGUGUAACUGGGGCCCACACAUGUGACAAGAACGCCAGAUGCAACAACACCAUUGGAUCGUACCAUUGCACAUGCAAUCCUGGGUUCAGUGGAGAUGGAAGAAAUUGUACCGACAUUAAUGAAUGUGUAACUGGGGACCACACAUGUGACAAGAACGCCAAAUGCAACAACACCAUUGGCUCGUACCAUUGCACAUGCAAUCCAGGGUUCAGCGGAGAUGGGAGAGAAUGUACCGACAUUGAUGAAUGUGCAACUGGAGACCACACAUGUGACAAAAACGCCAAAUGCAACAACACCAUUGGCUCGUACCAUUGCACAUGCAAUCCUGGGUUUAGCGGAAAUGGGAGAGAAUGUACCGACAUUGAUGAAUGUGUAACUGGAGACCACACAUGUGACAAAAACGCCAAAUGCAACAACACCAUUGGCUCGUACCAUUGCAGAUGCAAUCCUGGGUUCAGUGGAGAUGGAAGAAAUUGUACCGACAUCGAUGAAUGUGCAACUGGAGACCACACAUGUGACAAGAACGCCAAAUGCAACAACACCAUUGGCUCAUACCAUUGCAGAUGCAAUCCUGGGUUCAGUGGAGAUGGAAGAAAUUGUACCGACAUCGAUGAAUGUGUAACUGGAGACCACACAUGUGACAAGAACGCCAGAUGCAACAACAUCAUUGGCUCAUACCAUUGCACAUGCAAUCCUGGGUUCAGUGGAGAUGGAAGAAAUUGUACCGACAUUGAUGAAUGUGUAACUGGGGACCACACAUGUGACAAAAACGCCAAAUGCAACAACACCAUUGGCUCGUACCAUUGCACAUGCAAUCCAGGGUUCAGCGGAGAUGGGAGAGAAUGUACCGACAUUGAUGAAUGUGUAACUGGGGACCACACAUGUGACAAGAACGCCAAAUGCAACAACAUCAUUGGCUCGUACCAUUGCAUGUGCAAUCCUGGGUUUAGCGGAAAUGGGAGAGAAUGUACCGACAUUGAUGAAUGUGUAACAGGGGACCACACAUGUGACAAGAACGCCAGAUGCGGCAACACCAUCGGCUCGUACCAUUGCACAUGCAACCCAGGGUUUAGCGGAAAUGGGAGAGAAUGUACCGACACUGAUGAAUGUGUAACAGGGGACCACACAUGUGACAAGAACGCCAGAUGCGGCAACACCAUCGGCUCGUACCAUUGCACAUGCAACCCAGGGUUUAGCGGAAAUGGAAGAGAAUGUACCGACAUUGAUGAAUGUGUAACUGGGGACUACACAUGUGACAAGAACGCCAAAUGCAGAAACAACAUUGGCUCAUAUGAUUGCAUGUGCAUGUCUGGUUUCUAUGGUAACGGCGCUCGUUGUCAUGAUAUUGAUGAGUGCCGAGAUGGAAGCCACAAAUGCAGUCCCCAUGCGAUAUGUUAUAACACACUUGGGUCGUUUAAAUGUUCUUGCAAAGAUGGAUUUCGUGGUAACGGCGUAACUUGCAAUGGAGGAAGAACUCUUUAUGCUCCUCAUCUCAUGAUGUUUGUGCUUUGGGCCAUAGUGACAUUGAGGGCUUGGUCAAUCUAGCGUAGUCCAGCACAGCGAAUAGGGAGUGACAAUCAUCGAUAUCAGAAAGGGGGAGGGAAUCAACGUUUUGUUGGAGAACCCCCCUCCUCCGACCAUUUAAUCUAAUAAAAAAUGGUUCUGAAUAAAAAUUAUGUAAAAAGUAUGUAUAUAUUUUAGUUGAGACUAGUUCAAGUCAUUAGGAAAGACGUUGUAAAUAACCAAAUCAUUAUUUAACUUUCUAAGUUGUAAAAAAAACAGGUCCUUGACUGCAUAGUAUAACAAAAAUAACCAUAUGAAGAAAACGUUAACGUUUUGGGGGUCUGGUACCGAGGAAACUUUCUUUUCAGGGACCUUCUCAACUAACUAAAGAUGGUCACUGUAACUGACACGCAUCAAUGUCCGAUGCUUCAAUGUUUUCGUUAUCACUUAGCUAUAUCAACGCACGCUUAAGAUUAUGAUUAGCUCUCAACAUUUUGAUAUUUAAAGGAAAACCGCUGUUUAGCUCGUUAGUUUAUUUUACGAUCCUGUCUUAGCCGCAUCUAGCUUUUCCUGUUGUAAUCACUUUGGAAUGCGUUGUAUCCUCUAUUGGGACACGUUCGGUGCCCACAUUAUUCACUCAGCCAAAGCCAGCAAUCAGGAAGCAACAGCGCUUAAAGAGUUGGAGAACUCUAUUAUUUUACAGUCCAGAACAGACGUAAGUUUCUAAGCUCAGCUCUUGCCAUUUUUGUCUUUAUCUGAAUUUAUUAGAAAUCAUUGUAAAUAUUAGAAUUGUAAUUUUCUGUAAUUAUUUCGCUCCCUAGUUUUUUACCGCAUCGUGCCUGUGAUUCUGUAACUCUGCCAGCCAAGUAAUAAAGCCAUUACAAAAACCA